ACGAUUUCAAUUCACUCUUCUAGAAGCUUCUAGAUUCUCCCGAUGGCCCGUACGAAGCAAACAGCCCGCAAGUCCACCGGCGGCAAGGCUCCCCGGAAGCAACUGGCAACGAAGGCAGCAAGAAAGUCAGCUCCGGCGACCGGGGGAGUGAAGAAGCCACACAGGUUCAGGCCGGGAACGGUGGCGCUGAGGGAGAUUAGGAAGUACCAGAAGAGCACGGAGCUUUUGAUACGAAAGCUUCCAUUUCAGCGUUUGGUUCGUGAGAUCGCUCAGGAUUUCAAGACGGACCUGAGGUUCCAGAGCAGCGCAGUGUCGGCGCUUCAAGAAGCUGCGGAAGCAUACUUGGUGGGUCUGUUUGAAGACACCAACUUGUGCGCCAUUCACGCUAAGAGGGUCACCAUUAUGCCUAAGGAUAUUCAACUCGCUAGAAGAAUCCGAGGCGAGAGGGCUUAG